UGUCACCUUCUUGUCCAAAGAGGGGUUUGCGCUUUGGAGUUCUCCCGGGAGAGGUGUCGGCUGCGUCCGUCACCACCGACACCGACUCCGUGCAGCCCACGCACGAGACUCUUUGGGUUUUUUUCCCCAUACUGUGAUCCCUGCGGUGUUGAGGACAUUUGGACUUUGAAGGCAAGAAGCAGAAUUUAAAAGAAAGCCCUCAGAUUUCAGAAAAAACAUCCAUUUGGGCUGCGAAGUGACCAAUACUUGGUGUGGAGAUGGGGAACAUGGACGGGAAAGCCGUGGAGGAGCUGAGCGCUACCGAGUGCCACCAGUGGUACAAGAAGUUCAUGACGGAGUGUCCUUCUGGCCAGCUCACCCUCUACGAGUUCAAACAGUUUUUUGGCUUGAAAAACCUGAGUCCGGCGGCGAACAAAUACGUUGAGCAAAUGUUUGAGACGUUUGACUUUAAUAAGGAUGGCUACAUAGAUUUUAUGGAGUAUGUGGCAGCUCUGAGUCUGGUCCUGAAAGGGAAGGUGGAUCAGAAGCUGCGAUGGUAUUUCAAGCUCUACGAUGUGGACGGGAACGGCUGCAUUGACCGGGGAGAACUGCUGAACAUCAUCAAAGCUAUUCGAGCUAUCAACCGGUGCAACGAAGCGAUGACGGCCGAGGAAUUCACAAACAUGGUGUUUGACAAAAUUGAUAUAAACGGAGACGGUGAGCUCUCCCUGGAGGAGUUCAUGGAGGGCGUGCAGAAGGACGAAACGCUGCUCCAGAUCCUCACCCGCAGCCUGGACCUGACACACAUUGUCCAGCUGAUCCAGAACGACGGGAAGAACCCGCGCGAGCCCGAGCAGGCGGCGGAGGUGGCCCAGUAGUCUCCCGGGACACCUCCCCUUCGUCUCUUCCCCCCUCACAUUAUUAAAACAAAUCGGGUUGUGGCUGUGGGAGCUGGGCAGCUGCCCCAGCGUGACCGGUCACAGACUAUCCCACCAGCGCAGGGACCAGGAUCUGCCCCGGAGGCGCCGCUCCCCUGGCAGAUGGUUUGGGGGGAGCCGGGGGAUCCCCAGGCGCUGCCCAGGCCCUGCCCGGCGCAGGAAGGGGGUGCUGCUGGAAGCACACAGCCACCCCCGGGUGGGACGGACGUUGCUGAGGAGUGGGGAGGGGUAAAGUCUCACCUCCCCGGGAAGGGGGAGCGGCCCCACGCGAUGCGCUUGGACAACGCACCGAGAGAGCCUCGAAAUUCGCACCGAGGCAGCGGCCAACGCCUGCGUCUGCGGGGGAUGAACCCCAGGGCUGCCCGGCACUUGGCCCCGCUGAGAGGGGUCCCACGUAUGAAACCGCGCUCAGAGACUGAACCUUCUCUCUCCAUCUGUAUUUCCAGAGCAUGAGAUCAGUGGGUUUGGUCAUUCGUUCUCUGAUUUGUUAUUAAUCUGUCAGCAGUCGGCCAGUGAUAAUGCAAGAUAAAAGCAUCUAUGAGCUAGAAGAAGGGGAGUGGUGAACGCAGCGGCUUUUCUUUGUUUAAAAGUAUUAAAAACAUAGAAUGGUGCCUUUUUUUAACAACUAUCUGAACUUUAAGGGCAUGCUUGUCCUUGAGGUAUCUGGAAGGGCGGCAAUGACGGUAACCUGAGAGGGAAGAGCUUUGCAUGUUUGUGGGAACAUCCUUGCACGUCUUAUCGCCUGUGCAACAGACCCGAACUCUCCUGCGAGUUACACCGUGUGGCACCCUCGGGCAUCAGGUGGUUUUAACCCCAGUGGCAGCGAAUUGUCUUUUGGGGGGGUGUGCAGCUAGAGAUGAGCUGCAGGCAGUGUCGGUGCCACGAGCACCCGAGUGUCCCUGGGCAGGCAGUGGGUGCCACCACCCCCACGGUACAGCUGGCUCGAGUACCGUCCCCUGUGCAAUCAAACCCGGUCACCCCUUGUGAUACCCUCCCGGGCAGAGCAGCCCCAGGAGCUGCCCCAGGCGCCAGCACACGCACAGGGGAGGCUGCGGGAGCAGCGGCCCCAUCCCCUCACACCCGCUGUCCCCACGCCGAGCCGGGGCUGCGCCUCGGCCACUCCUCGACAGGAGUUUCCUCACCUGAUGGGAGCGAGUUUCAGGCGUGGCGGGGCAAUGCGGGACACCAGGAAGGAUUUCUUGCCUCGCUGAAGGACUCGUUAUUGAGCACUGGAUGAUUGCAAGUCAUGAGCAACUUUCUGACCAUUUUUCCUGCCCGUCUUUUUCACUUGACAGUGGUUUACCUCGAAGCUUUUGUACUUCCAAUCUUAUAGUGAACAAAUAAAGAUAUUUUAUGAGAUUA